CUUUUCCCCACUGCCGGGAGCCGCACGGAUUUAUGAGGAAUCAAAGAUGAACUUGGAGCAGGAGAGGCCUUUUGUCUGCAGUGCCCCAGGCUGCUCACAGCGUUUUCCAACAGAGGAUCAUCUGAUGAUUCACAGGCACAAACAUGAAAUGACUUUGAAGUUUCCUUCAAUAAAAACAGAUAAUAUGUUAUCAGAUCAGACUCCUACACCGACACGCUUUCUGAAGAACUGUGAGGAAGUGGGCCUCUUCAAUGACAUCGACUGCUCCUUAGAGCACGAGUUUAGGAAGGCACAAGAAGAAGAAAACAACAAAAGGAAUAUCUCCAUGCAUAACGCAGUUGGAGGAGCAAUGGCAGGACCUGGAUCUCACCAGCUGACAAAUACAAGGAUGCCGAACCACGACACCAAUGUUGUGAUUCAACAAGCCAUGCCAUCUCCGCAGUCCAGUUCUGUCAUCACACAAGCACCUUCCACAAAUCGACAGAUUGGGCCUGUUCCAGGUUCUCUGUCUUCACUAUUGCAUCUACACAACCGACAAAGACAGCCUAUGCCAGCCUCUAUGCCUGGCACCCUGCCCAACCCUACUAUGCCCGGAUCUUCUGCUGUACUCAUGCCUAUGGAGCGACAAAUGUCAAUGAACUCCAACAUCAUGGGAAUGCAGGGGCCAAACCUCAACAACCCUUGUGCUUCACCUCAAGUCCCCCCAAUGCAUUCAGAAGCCAAAAUGAGAUUGAAGGCAGCACUGACUCAUCACCCUGCCGCCAUGUCGAACGGGAAUAUGAACACCAUGGGCCACAUGAUGGAAAUGAUGAGCUCGCGGCAGGACCAGGCGCCACACCAUCAUAUGCACUCACAUCCUCAUCAACACCAGACACUGCCACCUCACCACUCCUACCCCCACCAGCACCAGCACCCAGCGCACCAUCCUCAUCCUCAGCCUCAUCACCAGCAGAAUCACCCCCACCACCACUCCCACUCGCACCUUCACGCGCACCCAGCACAUCACCAGACCUCGCCGCACCCACCGCUGCAUUCGGGCGGACAAGCACAGGUUUCACCAGCCGCACAGCAAAUGCAGCCCACGCAGACGAUACAGCCGCCACAGCCCACUGGAGGCCGCCGGAGAAGGGUGGUGGAUGAAGACCCUGAUGAGAGGAGGAGGAAAUUUCUGGAGAGGAACAGAGCCGCUGCCACACGCUGCAGACAGAAGAGGAAGGUCUGGGUGAUGUCACUGGAAAAGAAAGCAGAAGAACUCACCCAGACAAACAUGCAGCUUCAGAAUGAGGUCUCCAUGCUGAAAAAUGAGGUAGCACAGCUGAAACAGUUGUUGUUAACGCAUAAAGACUGUCCGAUAACAGCCAUGCAGAAAGAAUCACAAGGAUAUCUAAGUCCUGAGAGCAGUCCUCCUGCGAGCCCGGUCCCAGCAUGCUCCCAGCAGCAAGUCAUCCAGCACAACACCAUCACCACCUCCUCCUCCGUCAGCGACGUUGUGGGCAGCUCCACUCUCACGCAGCUUGCCAGCCACAGAACAGACAUCAACCCCAUCCUUUAAAACGGGUUGAUCAGAAACUGCUAGGGGAAAGUAGUAGCAUAUCAAAACAUCCUCUGUGCUAAGGACAUUUUUGACCGUAACUCAAGCCUGGAAGAUUCCUCAGUUCUUGAAAGACUCUGGCUUUCAUUUUUAUAGUUAUUAAAAUGUCUUUUAUACUUAGUUACAUAAAAGGGAGUUAUGCAAUUAAUAUGCUAUCAGCUUGAGAAAUGCUUUGGUGCUUUCUCCAGUUUUUUUGGUACCAGUUACUUGUUUAUAAACCUAACUGUCUCUGUACAUAGUCACAUUUUCUUCUCACCAAUCUAGCCUGAAGCCUCAGAAAUACGGAGUUGUGUUAAACUGCAGCUUGUUAGCCAAUGUGAGGCAUGAAAAGUAUUAAACAGAGUCAUAUGUAGGUAACUAGGAGUAAUUAGGCUAUAAAUAUAGAGAGAGGGCAUCUGCUGACAGCAUCAUAAAAUAUGAGUUAGAAUUGUGCUAUCACCAGAACCUCGUCUUUCAACACGGUUACACAGUGUGUGGCUAUCGGAACAAACCCAAACCCCAGUAAAGUGCCCUUUUGCCCAGCCAUCCUCUUCCAGCUCUCUCCCACCCUGUCCUUUUUGUCCUUCAGUUGUUCUCACAACUCACUUCUCCCUUCCCUAGCCCUCUGCCCUUCUCUUAGCCAGGCUUCCCUCUCCUCCUCCCCCUCUCAGAGAACAGCGAUAAACAAGUAAAAACUUCAAGCCUACCUAAAAACUGCCAGCACGGCUGCUGCUUUCACUAGCUCUUCACCCACAGCUGGGCUGCACCGAGCUUUUCUGUUUUGAAAAAUAGAAAUGCUCCUGAUUUAGUGCUUUUAAUAAACAGGGAAAGGCAAAAGCAGUGCAGUUGCAGGUGAAGCAAGAUUGAAAGCCAGCUGUGUUGAUGCUAGCAGCCGUGUAAGCUGUUGGGGUAAAUGGCUGUGGCACAGUGCAGGCAUAGCGAGUAACACCUGAGAAUUACAGCAAUUCUUUAGCGCUGCCAGUCGUUAACACAGCAAAUCCAUGUAGUAUAUAAUUCAGAAAAGUUCUGUUCCCUAACCUGCUUACAUUGUUCUAGCACUGAAAGCUAACAGCCUCAGAUUUCACAGGCUAUAAAUGAAAAAUAAAUCAGCGUAACCAUUCUGACCAGUUGGAAAAAUGCCACUUUUAAUUACCAAGGCAAGUCCUGGUCUCUGCAGGCAUCCCCUUGGAUGUACAUGGACUGGCUUUGAGCUGGCAGACAUCAGUGGAGCUUCGCUGACCAUAAUGGCACUUACUCCAGUUUACAGCGAGUAAGAAAUUGUCUCAUAAUGACAUUAAAAAAAGUUUUAUCGAGUGUGCAGCCACUAAAAAGUGCUGCAAGAAAGGCAAAUUCCACUGCACUCACUGGAUAAAAUUCAGUCCUGUAAAGAGGGUCUGUAAAGGGGCUUUAUGCCACAAUUAAGGGUUUUGUUUGGACUAUGUGCCUGCCCCUCAGCACCACGGAUUUGCAUCCCAGAGUAGUAGCAGUGAUUGAUGGGGAAAUCAGAGGGAGAUGAUGCCAGUUAAUUAUGCUUGCCUUUCAGUAUCCUGGGACCCGGUUUUGCUCUCAAGGCUGGCAGUGGUGACACCUCCUUCGUCUGCCCCAGGGAGCAGGACUGGGCUCUGAAUUGGUGAUGAACUUUCAGACAUUUCAAACUGCAUCUUUAAUAGCAAAAGAUAAUUCAUGCUAUUCCUAGCAAACACUCCAGCCCAAAAUACGCUUCAUUUUGAAGUGAGGUUCUUGUCCUCAGCUGCUGCUUCUUGGUUGUGAGAGGAGUCACAGGUUUUAGUAGGGUGACUCUUGUCAGAGCAGGAAAGAGUUAAGCGAGUGCAGUGAGAGGCGCUGUCAGGAGCAGGGCCCUUUUGGAAGGAAAAGCAAAGU